AUGGUGGAUUUCUCACUCUUAACAGCACAAAGUGUUAAGUUGGCGCCGGGAGCUUCCGCCGUGUUAUGGGUCAAGGACUUUAGGCUCUUUCUAAUUGAUCCAUUCUUCUUUCUCCUCUUGCUUUCCUCCUCCUUUUCUUCUUUCACUAUAGUUCAGUUAACACCAGCCGCUGGUCCUAAACCCUCGGCCACACCUGCACCAGCUGCUCCGGCGCCGGCUCCGGCUCCGGCAAAACCGUUAGUGCCCAGUGGACCCCAGUCGGAAGAUUCCUCAGAUGCUACCAACGACAAUAUCAUUAAGAUCCUCAGGAAGGCCAAAAACUUCAAUUUCCUUAUCCGUCUUCUGAAAACUACCCAGUUGAUCAACCAAAUCAAUUCGCAGCUUGUAGCCACCAGAUCCGCCAGUGGCUUAACCAUUCUGGCUCCCGAUGACUGUGCGUUCUCAGAACUCAAAGCCGGAUUCGUCAACUCUCUGCACGAUAACCAGAAGAUCGAACUCGUGCAGUUCCACGUUCUCCCAGUCUACGUUUCGAGUUCCAACUUCGACUCCCUGACCAACCCGGUCCGGACACUCGCCGGACUGAACCCGAGCAGGUUGCAGCUGAACGUGACGGCUUAUGGGAACAUGGUGAAUAUUUCAACUGGGGUGGUUAAUACCACAAUUGCGGGCAUUGUUUACAGUGGUAAAUCACUGGCCAUAUGUCAUUUGAACAAAGUGUUACUUCUGUUGGAUUUCUUCAAGCCAAAGGCUCUGACGCCGGCGCCGUCGGUGGCACUGGCUAAAGCUCCCAAGUCUGAUAAGGAGAAUCCUUCUAUGGGUGGGGAUAAUGAUCAGAGCGAGUCUGUGAAGUAG